CGGGCGCAGGCGCGGCGGGCAGGAGGGCGCCAUGGCGGCCGUGGCCCAGUGCGUGCGGGGCGCGCUGCGCCCGCGGCUCCCGCUGCGCCCGCUGCUCCCGCUGCUCGGCGCCGCCGGCAGAACUUCUCCACGAUUGCUUUGUGCGGCAACACAACAGAAAAAUCCUGGCCAGAACUUGGAGGAGGACCAGAGUCAGAGCCAAAACGAGCAGAAGGCUGAAACCAGCUCUGCUGAAAAACUGCUGGCUGAAGAAAAGGCUAAACUGGAAGAACAACUUAAGGAAGUCACUGACAAGUACAGGCGUGCCUUGGCAGAUGCGGAGAACGUGAGGCAAAGAAGCCAGAAACUGGUAGAAGAGGCAAAGUUAUACGGGAUCCAGAGCUUCUGUAAGGACUUACUAGAAGUUGCAGACAUACUGGAGAAAGCAACGGAAAGUGUUCCAAAGGAAGAAAUUAAGGAUGAUAAUCCUCACUUGAAGAACUUAUAUGAAGGUCUUGUUAUGACAGAAGUACAGAUUCAGAAAGUGUUUAAAAAACAUGGCCUGCUCAGACUGGAUCCUGUCGGAGCCAAGUUCGAUCCCUAUGAACACGAGGCACUGUUCCAUACUCCCAUGGAAGGGAAGGAGCCUGGCACUAUUGCAUUAGUAUCCAAGAUUGGCUAUAAGCUGCACGGGCGUACUCUGCGGCCUGCCCUGGUGGGUGUUGUGAAAGACCCUUAGCUGCUCAAUCUGAGAUUUAAAAUGCCAUACAACUAUUAAACAGCUGGAUGGUUUUUGUCUCACACCAUGCUUUCCUCAUUCCUCUGCUCCCAGAGAGGUUUAAAUGAGUUGGUUGACAUUUCCCAGUGAAAAUGAACAACUGAUGAAAUUCUCCUGCUUAGUGGCCUUCUACAUCACUGUUCCAUAAGCUCUUCUUUGGUGUAAAAGAGCCAUUAAGCCCCCUAAUGCUUUAGAUUAGCUUUUUACAACCAUUGCUCCUGAAGGUGCAUUAAAUUGAAAAGAAUGAAAUGCUCACGAGAAUUUUGCAGUCUCACGUUUAUCACUGUGUGUAGAUUGAAAAUCCGGAUAUUGGUUCAGACAUUUUCUUUGGUUUUGUGCGAUCUCUCAUCGCAGAAGUGGGUGAAGCAGUACAAAUGACCUGCUUUCUGCAAGCACCCAUCACUUUUUACACACUGAUGUGAUAAAUGCCAUGUUUUCCCUAUUCAGAAAUAAUCUCUCUCAACAACUGAAAUUGAAACCUUUGUGAAUUCUGACCUGUAAAUAAAUGGCAAUGGAGAUUAGUUACCUUUUGUAAUUGUUCAACCCUUUUGUCCUGUACUAACACUGACUCAAGAAAACCAUCUAAUACUUGUAUGGCAUUGAAGAACCAAUAGAAUUUAUCCUAUCUCUGGAUUUUUAAUUUAAUAUUGUAUAAAUUGGUUUAAACAAUUUUGAUAGUCUUGUAACUUCUAGCUUUGCAAUAAUCAGUUUGUUACGCAAACUGUAGUUACAACCCUGCUGAGAGCCAGAACACCCAGAGAAGCUGAGAGAUGGGUAUAUGAUUUCUUUCAGACUUACAUAAAUUGCAUGUGAGUGGCUCAAACAAAAAUGCGAACUCAGUUUCACUUUCAUUAUUUCCUGCAUUUACACAGCUUGGAUCUUAGGUUGCACCAGAACUUUUCCCAAGUGCAGUUCUUGCCAUGUCUAACUCCACCCGCUGAUCCCAAUCCUGCAGAAUCAGGCUGAAAUACAAUUUGUGAUUAACUGAAUGUUUUGUUCUACAUCUGUCUGGUCACCUGGAUAGGUGUGGGUGGAACUUGGCAAAUGACACAGCUGACAAAGCACCCGUCCUCUUGUAUCCUCAAAGCCCAUAUGUUUCACACACAGGACAGACACUUCAAACUUAGGGAAGUUGUUAGGACCUGGCAAACAGUAAGUACUACUGAGUUUUUUACCAUGUUUCUGGUUAUCUUGGAUUAAGGAGCUUCUUACCUUAAGGUCAAGUACUGAUUACUUUUCUUUGGUGCAGAUGCAGAGUUGCCAACAGCUCUUUGAACACUAGACCUACUCACAGUGAGAAGUGAUUACUUGUUCCCUAAGACCUUUUUUCCUGGUACUGGUUUGCCUCAUGGGAAUCAAACAGUUAACUAGUCAACCUAAGUGGACACAACUGUUUGGAAGGUAGUCAUGUUUAAGGAUUCAUUCUUUCUCAGCUCUAAGAAAGCAAGCUCUGCCCAAUGCUUUGACUGGGCAGAGGAGGGAGAGUAAUUAUUUGGGGUGUGUGCAGACAACUACAAUGUUAAUGUCUUAGAACUACUCACGUACAGGGAUAAAAAUGCAAAAAUUGAAUGUAAAAACACAGGAAAAAAAAGGGGAUUCCAUGUAUUUAAGUUGAAUUUGGAAGUAACUGCCCUCCAUCUGGGUUCUAAGAGUGCACUGUAGCUGUGUGAAGUAGGAUUGUGUACUUUGAUAAGGACCCAUUCUAAACCGAUGCCAUAAAGGGACCAGGAUCAAUUUUAUGUAUCUUUUAA